AAUCUUCUUGCUGCGUAGUCGCACCACGAGCACCAUUUCCACCCUCGAAUCUUCUUGCUGCGUGAUCCAUCCCCUCUCGGCUCGGCUGGCGAUUUGUCCUACUAAUAUCCAGUUCCAGUGAUCUCUCUCUCUCUCUCUCUCUCUCUCUCCCUGCCGCAGUUUUCUACUACCUAUGCACUCUCUUCCGUCUUCGCUCACUGUGAUUGAUGCAAGACAAAUUGUUGCUGCUGCAGCAGACGUCCUUUUCCUACCUCCCUUGAUCUUCCAGGCCACAAGCUCCCAAAAGGAAAUCUUCCAUUUUUGCUCUUCCUUCCUGCUCAUUACCCCCAACGUUUUGAUCUUCUAUUUUCUCUCUUGAUCUCUGAACCGCUUCACUUCUCCUUGGCCUGUUUCCAGUAGCUAAGCAAAUGUUGUUUAAGAUCUUGUUGUGAUCAGGAGAGUCCGCGACAAGGUUUUGCCUGCACCACAUCGCCCUCUCCCCGCAAGCUCCAAAAGCCACGGCCUAAAUAUAGCAAAGGCCAUCGUAGACUAAUCGAACAGAAGAAGGAAAAAGAUCGGUGUUCCUUCUCUGAUCUCUCCUCCUCCAAGAUCCAUAUUUUCUUUCUCAUUUUCAGCGUAUCGUCCUGAUCAGUGUUAAUGGCGAUGUAAUGUCGCCCCCCAGGUCAAGAACCUCCUGUAAAUCCCAACACCUGCACAUUUCCACAGCGUUUCUUCCUUGAGCUGAGCUUCCCCCACACCACCUUCUCUCUUUCCCAUGGCAAUGAUUGCAAUGUGAUGUGGAGGGGCGAUUAUUGGAGAGGAAUAGGAAGAGGCGCUCAGGGAGAAGAAGUGCGAAAGGUGGCUCCUUUCUGCGCGUCCUGAGAGGCGGUUUUGCGCGUGGACAGAGAGAAGAUGGCGGGAGGCGAGGGCGCGGCCGUGGUCACGGGGGAGGGGGAGAUGCGGUCGCUGGCGUUGACGCCGACGUGGUCGGUGGCCACCGUGCUCACCCUCCUCGUCGCGAGCUCGCUGCUCAUCGAGCGCUCCAUCCACCGCCUCAGCAAUUGGUUGAAGAAAACUCACCGGAAUCCACUUUACAAAGCAAUGGAGAAGAUGAAAGAAGAAAUGAUGUUGCUUGGCUUCAUAUCUCUUCUUCUAGCUGCUACAUCAAGAAUUAUCUCAGGAAUCUGCAUCGAUUCCAAGUACUACAAUAGUAAAUUCUCCCCGUGCACCAAAGAAGAGGUUGAAGAAUCUAUAAAUGCUGAGCAUGCCGUGGCUCACUCACGCAAGCACCUAAUGGAGGUCAUUCUGCACCAUUCACUCAGGAGGAACCUAGAAGGUCGUUACCAUCAACAUAAAGGCUGCCAUGAGGGAUACGAGUCAUUUGUUUCGCAUGAAGGUUUGGAGCAGCUGCACCGAUUUAUAUUUGUCAUGGCUGUAACCCAUGUGACAUAUAGCUGUUUGACGAUGUUGUUAGCAAUACUCAAGAUCCAUAAAUGGAGAAAAUGGGAGGAUGAAGCAUUCAGGGAUAAUCAUGAAUCAUUUUCUCAGAUCGCCUAUGUGUCAGCAACUAGAAGGCAACCAGCACUUGCCAAAUCCUAUUCGUUCCGCUCAUGGAGCCAAAAUAGUGCGGUCAUGUGGUUUUUUUGCUUUAUCGCUCAAUUUGGUCAGUCCGUUGUUCGAGCAGACUACCUUAUCCUCCGCAAGGGUUUCAUAAUGAAUCACAAUCUUUCGCCAACGUACGAUUUCCACAAUUACAUGAUACGCUCAAUGGAAGAAGAGUUCGAGAAGAUUGUUGGAGUGAGUGGAGUGCUGUGGGGCUUUGUCGUUGCUUUCAUGUUAUUUAAUAUUGAUGGAUCUAAUCUGUACUUUUGGAUAGCAAUUCUUCCUGUUACUCUUGUUCUUCUAGUCGGUGCGAAGCUGCAGCAUGUCAUUGCAACUUUAACAGCAGAGGGUGCAAGGAUGAGUGCAUAUGGACCAAGGAUAAAGCCAAGGGAUGAUCUCUUUUGGUUCAAGAAACCAGAAUUUCUCCUGUGGUUGAUACAUUUCAUUCUCUUUCAGAAUGCAUUUGAAUUGGCUUCUUUCUUCUGGUUCUGGUGGCAAUUUGGUUAUGAUUCAUGCUUCAUAAAAAACCACCUGUUAGUGUAUGGCCGCCUUAUACUGGGGUUUGCCGGACAGUUCCUGUGCAGUUACAGUACAUUGCCUGUUUAUGCGCUCGUCACUCAGAUGGGGUCGAAGUACAAGGCCGCCCUGAUCCCGCGGAUGAUCAGAGAAACCAUGCACGGGUGGGGAAAGGCCGCGAGGAAGAGGCGGCGGCGGCGCGGCGACGACUCCACGAUCCGCACGGAGACGAGCACCGUGUGCUCCCUCACCGACGAGGACGACGAUGAAGACAACCAUGGCCCGUUCGUGGAGAUGGAGCUGCAGCCGCACAGCGGGCAGAGCCCGAGGCCCGACACGCCGUGCUUCCUCCCCGCCGCCAUGCCGGGCAGCAGCUCCACCCACGGCAGCUCCCACGCAAUACUCCUGCGCCAGGCCUCGGCCUCGGCGCCGUCGUCGCCGUCCAGCCGGGGAGGCAACGUGACGAGGUCGGCGUCCAUGCCUGGGAUAGCUUCCCUGAGGACAGGCAUGGGCACUCCGACACGGAUGAACGACGAGUCUACGUGACGUGCCGAUGCAUACAUGAUCCAUACGCAUUAGAACACUGGAUGUUGUCUAGUACUCUAGGAGAGAGUGAAGUUGCUAGUACAGACUGAAGAUUGAGCUUGGUUUGAACGACAAUGAUGUUGAGCUGGGAACCAAAUCCGGCAAUGCAAGAAGAGGCGUAACGUUGCUUUGCGCUGCAGGGAGGAAAAAGGGUAACUUUUGCUCCGGUACAUGCAUCAAUGUUGGG